AUGACUUCAGGUGGAACCAGAAAUCGGUGGGAAGCGAUCGAUGGGAUUUCCUAUUCAGAAUGUUUUUUAAGAUAUCUCAUUACGCAACGAAUCGCGACGAAUACAAUUCUCGUCAAGGUGGAAAUUAUUAAAUUUGACUUUCCCAUGGACUCGCAAGCAAAUGUUUUAUUCAAACGUCUUCUCUAUGAAGGGUUCAACGAUUUGAAUAUGUUCUUAAAGAAAUUUCCCACUUCCUUUACAUCCGUUAAAGAUGCUUCAACAAUGUGCGGAAUUUAUUUUACUUUUUUUCGGGGUAUUAACGAUCCAGGUGUAAGUGCCACCAAGGUUGGUAACACAAUUGUUGUUUGA